AUGGCUUCCGGGACCAACGAUGUCGGGGCUUACGUCUACGUCUCCUACCCACGAACAGCAGAUAUCAAGUUCGACACGGAAUACUACAUCAACAAGCACUGUGCGCUGGUCGACAAGCACUGGAAGCCUUUUGGCUUGAAAUCUUGUACAGUUGUGCAGUUCGCAGAGGACGAUCCAAGCGGUAUCCAUACGCAAGCGAUUUUGCUAUGGGAUAGUGCGGAAGACUUCGAUAAGGCAAUUGGAGCGAAUAUUCCGGAGCUCAUGCAGGAUCUGCCGAAUUAUUCGAACGUCACGCCUAUCUUCUACCACGCCAAGGUUUUGAGGCUGGCUUGA